AUGUUGACCGACCUCACUAUUCGUCAUGCCUACAUCGGUGGGUUUGCUUGGCGUCUCCUUGGUAGUGAACGAUACACAGAGAUAGAUAUUUUGAUAGAAAUCCCCAAAAACGCCUUGGACCUUUCGACUCUGCGAGAGAAAGUAUCAGAGAUUGACAAACGAUUCAUGGAGAACAUUCUUAAGUUUUAUUUCAUUGAGGACUUGGAUGCAUUCUCUGACGACCGAGAAGUUACCGUCAAGUCCAGUCCAAAGUUCACCGGAAUUGAACUUCUUUCCCGGAGCAAGAGCAACGUCCUUAUCGAGACACUUUCAGCUGGAACUCUUGGUCUCCCAGAUUCAGUAGAUCAUGUCUACAACAUACCAUCUUUACCCAUCCUCCAUCCCACCAUUUUAAUCCUCACCAAACUCCAGCGCUGGUGCCAGAUCUACAAAUCUCUCCGUCCCAAAACCUUGAAGAAAGCACUCACCGAUUCGUUUGAUAUUGAUUACCUCAUAGGGUGGCUGAGUCGAAACGGUAUGCUCAUUGCAUUUGACGAUUACGAGGCAAAAAAUACACCGAAAGAAAAACUUGUUCGUUACGUCAGGACGUAUUGGGAGCACAAAGACACUGAAGAAGAAAAAGAGGUCAUGGCUCAGCUUGAAGAAGUCUUGAACGACGCGGACAAGGCAAUAUUCUUAGCCUCUGCCAGUCCCAAAGCCUCAGACAACACAGACAUCGGGUAG